AUGACCACUGCCGCUCCCAUUGACCAGUUGGUCAAGCAGGUCGAUGGCCUCAGCCUCGAUGCCGUCAAGGCCAAGUUCCCCGACACCUACCCCGACAUGAACCUCAUGGACCUCUACCGCGCCCACCUCUCCAACGUCCUGUCCGAGGUCACCGGCGUCGACACUGCCAUCAUCUACCCCAACCUUGGAUGGACUUCGGGUCUUGAGAAGGGCGACAUGGCCCUGCCCGUCCCCGCGCUCAGGGUUAAGGGCAAGAAGCCUGACGAGCUCGCCCAGGAGUGGGCUGCCAAGUUCCCCGACACCGAUCCCCUCUUUACCAAGCCCACCGUUAGCCAGGUCCACCUCAGCUUCUUCGUCAAGGCCUCUCCCCUCGUCAACGCCGUCAUUCCUUUGGUCCACAACAAGGGCGCCGAGUACGGUUUCAACAAGGCCGACGGUCUCAAGGACCCCAAGGACCCCAGCAAGGGCCAGAAGCGCAUCAUCGUCGAGUUCUCCUCCCCCAACAUUGCCAAGCCUUUCCACGCCGGCCAUCUCCGUUCCACCAUCAUCGGUGGUUUCCUCUCCAACCUCUACGCCGGCGCUGGCUGGGAUGUCGUCCGCAUCAACUACCUCGGCGACUGGGGUAAGCAGUACGGUCUCUUGGCCCUUGCCUACGAGAAGUAUGGAGACGAGGAGGCCCUCCAGAAGGACCCCAUCAACCACCUCUUCCAGCUCUAUGUUCGCAUCAACACCGAGAUGACCGCCGAGAAGGAGGACUUCACCAAGCGCAAGGAGGCCGGCGAGGAUGUCUCUGCCCUCGAGGCCAACAGCUUGGACGAGCAGGCUCGUCGCUACUUCAAAAAGAUGACCGACCGCGACGCCGAUGCCCUCGCCAUGUGGAAGCGCUUCCGUGACCUCUCCAUUGUUCGCUACAAGGACACCUAUGCCCGCCUCAACAUCCACUUCGACGAGUACUCCGGUGAAUCCCAGGUCACCGAGGAUGCCAUGAACCAGGUCGGCAAUCUCAUGGAGGAGAAGAAGAUCUGCAAGGAGGACAAGGGCGCUCAGCUCAUCGACUUCUCCGAGCUCGUUCCCGGCAAGGAGGGCAAGCGUCUCGAGAAGCCUCUCGUCAGGAAGAGGGACGGCACUGCCCUCUACCUCACCCGUGAUAUCUCCGAGCUCCUCGGCCGCCACGAGAAGUACCACUUCGACAAGAUGAUCUACGUCGUUGCUUCUGCUCAGGACCUCCACUUGAGGCAGCUCUUCAAGAUCAUCGAGCUCCUCGGCUACAAGGACAUUGCCGACAAGUGCCAGCACAUCAACUUCGGUCUCGUCCUUGGUAUGUCCACCCGCAAGGGUACCGUCAAGUUCCUCGACGACAUUCUCCGUGACGUUGCCGACAAGAUGCACGAGGUCAUGAAGAAGAACGAGAACAAGUACUCCCAGAUUGAGGACCCCUUGGCCACCGCCGAUGUUCUCGGUAUCUCGUCCGUCAUGGUCCAGGAUAUGUCUGGCAAGAGAAUCAACAACUACACCUUCAACAUGGAGACCAUGACCUCGUUCGAGGGUGACACCGGCCCGUACCUGCAGUACGCCCACGCCCGCCUCAACUCCAUCAGGCGCAAGGCUGGCGUGUCCGACGAGGAGCUCGCCACCGCUGACCUGUCUCUCCUUACCGAGACCAGCGCCAUCAACCUGUGCCGCCACAUGGCCGGGUGGCCCGAUGUGGUCAAGAACACACUCAAGACCCUCGAGCCCACCACUGUCCUUACUUACCUGUUCAAGUUGACGCACGCGCUCAGCAGCAGCUACGACCAGCUCCAGGUCGUCGGUAGCGAGCCUGAGUUGAUGAAGGCCCGUCUGGCCCUGUACACUGCUGUGCAGACUGUCUUGGCUAACGGCAUGCGCCUCAUUGGCUUGAGCCCUGUCGAGCGGUAUGUUUCUCCUGUUGCCCCUGACUGA